AUGGCAGUAAAUAAAUUCGCAAAAGAUAAGAAAAAUAGCUAUAUUACACAGGAUCUUACCAGUUGUUUGGACUUGUCUUGUGGAGUAGACAAAAGCUGGGACACAGAAGAAACAGAUAAAAAACUACUGCCCCAUCAGCCACUAGAAGAAUAUAACAAUAGACGCAUUAAGUCUGAAGAGCCAGAUGACCAGAUAGCAUUGGAUGGCACAGAAGAAGAUCCUAAAUGCACAAAAGCAUCUGAAGUUGCCGAUUCUGAAGGCCCAAAAAACAGAGAAAAGUGUAAUGACGAUUUUUACAUAAAUAUAGACAGCUCUAAUAAUGACCCAAGUGGCCAGAAUAUGAAUCAAACGCAAGCAAUGAGACAGAAUAGAAGAGGCAUUCGAUAUGUACACCAUGCAUCUGAAAACGAUCUAGCUAGUUGUCCAUAUUUGGGACAGCAUAUUUUGCUGUGCUAUUUAAGCCUAGGAUCUUUUGUCUCUGCCGCAGAGCUUUAUCUAUAUCCUUAUAUAGACAUUGAGAAAGCUCAGGAAGUCUAUGAUUUCAGAUCCAUAUUUAUAGACAAUCCUAAAUAUUUAAACAUUGAAUGGAUAGGUUUAAUUUGUUUUCUGAUAGUUAUAUGGGCUUAUAUAACGCGAAAAUAUAAACCUGUUGGUGCAGCUAACCCAAAUACUUUUCUAAAAAGGCAUGGAACGCUAGUUGGGUUUUUAUUCUGGCUGGGAUAUCUUUUUCUGAUAAGUUUUGUUAAACUAUUUUUUGAAGAGUCCACUAUUUUUGUUAUGUGCUCGCUAUUUUGGUUUGGCUUUCUUUAUUUGAUCAUGCAUUUAUUUUUUUUCCUAGCAUUUUAUUUAGGAAAUAGAAAUGUUGACUUAUUCGUAGUUAAAAGGUUCUGCCAAGGCGUUGUUACAAUAUUUAUUCUGGCCUCUCUUACUUUAUACUUCUUUAUAUCUGUGAACAACAUAACUUUUUAUGUUCUAGAAGCUAAGACAUUUACUCCUAAGACUAACCAAUAG